AUGAAAAGAACACAUGAUGACACCGUGAAGGAAGAAGAGGGAGAUUGUGAGAACCAAUUGCCUGUACAGGUGGAAGAUGAGCCCAUAAGAACCGAACUCUCUGAAGAGUUUUUGAAGAGACAUUCAGAUUUGUUUGGUGAAGCCUGUGCAUUUAUAACCAAAGUGGACCCAACAUUGAUUGAAACAAUCGAAUACAGUGAUUUCCCACUGUUCAAGAGACCACAGGAUGGUGAGAAGUCCACUUUGGCUUUGCAGGACUAUUUUGUAAAACUGGGUGGGGCUAUCAUUGGACAGCAGAUUAGUAAUAUAGCUGCUAAAAACAUAAGAGGACGUUUCUGUGAUUAUUUCGGCGGUAUCUUUCCCUCAUAUAAAAGACUAUUAGAGACGUUGGCUGUUCCAGCCCAGAAGGCUGAAGUUAAAGCCUGUGGGUUAAGUGCACGUAAAUUGGAAUAUUUAGAGUCACUUGCAUCUUACUUUGCCGAAAAUGAAGAACAUAUAACUGAUUUAUUCCAUAAAGGUGAUGAAAACGAUCAAGAAGUAGUAGAUGAUCUAGUGGGGGGUAUUAAGGGGAUUGGCCCAUGGACUGCGAAGAUGUUUUUAGUAACAGGACUAAAGAGGUUUGACGUCUUUGCACCGGAAGAUGUUGGUGUUGCAAGAGGAUUUUCCAAAUAUAUAUCCAUGAAAGAUCCAAAAUCAGUGGCAAAAUACAAUUUAAACAGGAAAGGUGUAAAGAAGAGUAAGAUCAAGCAUAAGAAGACAAAUUGGAAAAUUUAUGAUGAUGACGUUAUGGAAGAAUAUGCUAAGAUAUUUUCACCAUAUAGAACUAUUUUCAUGUUCAUUUUAUGGAGAUUAUCAGGUGCCCAUAUAGAUGCAAUGAUCAAAGUUGAAAAAGAGUUCACUUCUGAUUCCUAA